AUGCUGAUGUUGCGGCUAGUUCCGAGCAUCUAUAGCUUUACAGCAGCUAUUACAGCAAGUCUGGGUGCAUGGAUGGCGGCUGCCCAGAUCUUUUCCGAGAUGUUAUCACACGACAUCUUACCUGAUACUGUCAGCUGCAAUGCUCUCAUGAAUGUAGCUGAAAGAAGGAGGCAGUGGCAGACUGUGCUGCAGCUGCUGGCCUACAUGGCGGCAGAAGCAGCCAAACCAAAUGAGAUCAGUUUCACUUCCGCCAUCAGUGCAAGUGACAGAAGUGGACAUUGGCAAUUGGCGAUGGGGCUGCUGUCUGGCAUGCCUCGACAUCGAGUGUAUCUCAGUGAGAUGAGCGGUACUGCAGCCAUGAGCGCGGGCGAACGGGCCCAGCGGUGGGAAGCAGUGAUUGAGGUGCUUUCUAACAUUCAGGGAGCUGAUGAGAUCAGCUUCAAUGUUGGCAUUGCUGCAUGCCGAGAGAGUCUGCAAUGGACAGCAGCACUUCAGCUACUCUGCGGUAUGCCAAAGGCAGGCGUGACAGCGGAUUUGGUUACGUUCAAUGCCCUUGUGAACCUGUGUGGUGAAGGCCUACUCUGGCACCUGGCGCUUCGACUCGUCUCGCAGAUCUCCGAGGCAGGGCUGGAGCGGGACAUCAUCGGCCGCAACGCCGCCCUCAGCGCGCAGGGGCUGGCAAGCGAGUGGCCUCGUGCUCUUGAGUUGUUUGGGCAGAUUGCUUCUUCGAAACUGGUACCAGAUCAGGUCAGCUGUAGCUCCGUCAUCGUCGCUUGUGGGAAGGGUCUGCAGUGGCAGACAGCGCUGCACUUUCUUCUGGAGGUCUUGCCGGCCAUGUCCCUGCAACGGAAUGAGGUUAGCUUCAAUGCUGCGAUCAGUGCUUGUGAGCCGUUGGGAUGCUGGGAGCAUGCAGUUUAUCUACUCGCACAGAUGCCCAUUCUACGGUGUUUCCCCGACAGCAUCGGUGCCAAUGCCGUCAUUAGCGCCUGUGGCAAAGGCGACCAGUGGCAGCUCGCUCUCCACCUCUUCCAUUCGCUGCCUUCCACAGAUGUCCGCCCCGACGCGAUCAGCUUCAAUGCUGCCAUCAGUGCAUGCGAGAAGGUGGGAAAGUGGAUUUGGGCUCUUUGGCUGCUCGCGGCGAUGCCAGAAUCUCGAAUCAGCCCGGACUUGAUCAGCUUCAGUUCUACCAUCAGUGCCUGCGAGAAAGGCCUUCAGUGGCAAGUAGCCGUGCAGCUUCUCCUUUCCGACAUGGGGGUGGCGAUGGUCCAACAGAACGAGAUCAGCUUCAAUGCGGCCAUCAGUGCAUGCGAAAAGUCUGGUGAGUGGGAGGUGGCUUUGUCACUCCCACAAAGGAUGGCUUUGUCUUCCUUAGUGCCAGACAGGGUGACCUUCAGCUCUUUGGUCGUUGCUUGUGGGAGGGGCCUUCAGUGGCAGAGGGCACUCUGCACUUUCUGGGAGAUGCUUGGCACACAGGUUGCUCCGAACGAAAUCAGUUUCAGCUCUGCGAUCAGUGCUUGUGAGGCAUCCACGCAGUGGCAGCCGGCAUUAGAGCUGCUUGCCGCGAUGCCUGAAUUCAAAGUUACACCAAACCAUGUCUGCUUCAAUGCUGUCAUCACUGCCUUCGAGAAAUUUGGACUAUGGCAGAAAACCUUCCAAGUUUUAGUUCAAAUGGAGAGUACCAUUGCUGCCAUCUGGAGAGCUGUUGAAAACCCUGGCUUCUGCCACUUCAGUAUGGUGGUUCAACUUACCCAGAGGGUCCAAGUAUCAUUAUGGCAUGCUCUUAUAGGGUAUUUUUGGGGGGUCUAA